AUGAGCCGCCUGUCCCUCGCGUACUCCAUGAUCACCGCGUUCUCCGAGUUCAUCGCGUUCAUUCAGCAGGCGUUCCCCGUCGUGCUCGCUUGCGCGUCUAACCUGCAGGGGUGCUCGACGUCGACACUGGAGGAGCUCGCAAAUCCGUACGCAUACGACGCCAUCGCGGACUGGAUGGGGCGCAUGACUAUCCUCCGCGCCCUCCCGCUCGUCGGAUCGCUACUUUCGCGCCCUCUACCAGACGGGCUGUAA